UUACUGCUUCUAGGCCCGGCCACGCCCAGCGCACCGCGGCGCCCGCCCCGCAGGCACGACCCGCCCCCGCACCGAGCUACCGCUCGCCCAACCUCCUGGUGUCGCCGGCUCUCGGGCCCGCCCCCGAAGACGUGGAGCGCCGCAGCUGCAGGUUUAUCAAAGAUGAAAGUGACCUUGUCAGCUCUGGAUACUUAUGAAAGUUCUUUCACACCUUUGGUGGUCAUAGAACUUGCUCAGGAUGUCAAAGAAGAAACCAAAGAAUGGCUGAAAAACAGAAUUGUCACUAAAAAAAAAGAUGGCGGUGCCCAGUUGUUGUUUAGACCAUUGUUAAAUAAAUAUGAAAAAGAGACUCUAGAAAAUCAGAACUUAUAUCUUGUUGGUGCCUCCAACAUUAGAUUGUUGCUAGGAGCAGAGGCAGUGGGUUUGGUAAAAGAGUGCAAUGAUAAUACCAUGAGAACCUUCACAUAUGGAACCCGGCAGAACUUCAAAGGUUUUGAUGAUAACAAUGAUGAUUUCCUCACAAUGGCAGAAUGUCAAUUCAUUAUCAAACAUGAACUUGAAAAUCUUAGAGCUAAAGAUGAAAAAAUGAUCCCUGGUUACCCUCAGGCAAAGUUGUAUCCAGGAAAAUCAUUAUUGAGAAGAUUACUCACGUCUGGCAUCGUGGUUCAGGUGUUUCCACUGCAUGAUAAUGAAGCCCUGAAGAAGCUUGAGGACACCUGGUACACUCGGCUUACUCUCAAGUAUCAGCCCAUAGACAGCAUUCGUAGCUACUUUGGAGAAACAAUCGCUCUUUACUUUGGAUUUUUGGAAUAUUUCACUUUUGCCUUAAUCCCCAUGGCUGUCAUCGGUUUACCUUACUACAUGUUUGUGUGGGAAGACUAUGACAAGUAUGUGAUCUUUGCCUCAUUCAACCUGAUCUGGUCCACGGUGAUCCUGGAAGUGUGGAAGCGUGGCUGUGCCAACAUGACCUACAGGUGGGGGACGCUGCUCAUGAAGAGACAGUUUGAGGAACCCCGGCCUGGAUUUCAUGGCAUCCUGGGUAUCAAUUCUGUCACCGGCAGGGAGGAGCCUCUCUACCCCAGCUACAAGAGGCAGUUGCGAAUUUACCUGGUCUCCCUGCCAUUUGUGUGCCUCUGUCUCUAUUUCUCUCUGUAUGUCAUGAUGAUUUACUUCGACAUGGAGGCCUGGGCCUUAGGUCUACAUGAGAACAGCGGAUCUGAGUGGACCAAUAUCCUGUUGUAUGUGCCCAGCAUCAUCUAUGCCAUUGUGAUUGAGAUCAUGAACCGCCUCUAUCGAUAUGCUGCCGAGUUUUUAACUUCAUGGGAGAAUCACAGAUUGGAAUCUGCCUAUCAGAAUCAUCUAAUUCUGAAAGUUUUAGUGUUUAACUUUCUCAAUUGCUUUGCCUCACUCUUCUACAUUGCCUUUGUCCUGAAGGAUAUGAAGCUUUUGCGCCAGAGCCUGGCCACACUUCUGAUUACCUCCCAGAUCCUUAACCAGGUUGUGGAAUCUCUUCUUCCUUAUUGGCUCCAAAGAAAGCAUGAUGUGCAGGUGAAGAGGAAGAUGCAGGCCAUAAAGGCAGAUAUCGAUGCUACAUUAUAUGAACAAGUCACCCUGGAAAAAAAAAUGGGAACUUAUUUGGGUACCUUCGAUGAUUACUUGGAGUUAUUCCUGCAGUUUGGUUAUGUGAGCCUUUUCUCCUGUGUUUACCCAUUAGCAGCUGCCUUUGCAGUGUUAAAUAACUUCACUGAAGUCAAUUCAGAUGCCUUAAAAAUGUGCAGAGUCUUCAAACGUCCCUUCUCAGAACCUUCAGCCAAUAUUGGUGUAUGGCAGUUGGCUUUUGAAACAAUGAGUGUUAUAUCUGUGGUCACUAACUGUGCUCUGAUUGGAAUGUCACCACAAGUGAAUGCAGUCUUCCCAGAAUCAAAAACGAACCUCAUUUUGAUUGUAGUAGCAGUGGAGCAUGCACUCCUGGCUUUAAAGUUUAUACUUGCAUUUGCCAUACCUGAUAAGCCACGGCAUAUUCAGAUGAAACUGGCCAGAUUGGAAUUUGAGUCUUUGGAGGCACUCAAGCAGCAGCAAACGAAGCUUGUGGCCGAGAGCCUGAAGGAGGAACUGAGGGAGGACGGGAAGGAGAAAGCGACCUAAGUGCCAGGUGCGCCUGGCUGCCCUGCCCUCAGAAACUGGUGUCUGUGCCACACCUGCCAUUGGUGUGCAGCAGGGAGGGUCCCCGGGACAGCAUCGUGGCGCCUGAACCCAGAUCCAGUGCUCAGCCAAAUGAAGUGGCUCCCACGGACAAGUGCUCUCUUUACUACAGUGUAGCGGCUCAGGGUGGGCAAGGAGGAGGGCAGUUCUGGGUAGUUCCCAGACCCCUACCUUCUCCCCCCAGGUUCCUUCCCAGGCCCCUCAUGCCACCAGCUGCCUGACUUUGCUCCAGAGCCACUCUCCACGAACACGCCGCCAGCUCUUCGUGUUACCCUCACAGUGAUGGUCACUCUGACCCCACUGCAGCCCAAGGACCUGUGGACAGGGCAGUGGAAUGGGCUGUAUGCCCACUGUGCCCAUCACGGGAGCCUUGAUUGAGAGAGGGGACAUGAUGCAGUGUCUCCCAGGCUGGGACCUCUUUCCUGGUUCUGUUGUGCAAUAUGUUAACACUUUAUCAACAAAAACAAUAAAUGAGCUGAAAAGGCA